CCCGCUCUUGCAACACCACCCCCGCCACUCUCCCUUCCCCUCGUACCUCCUCGCUCCUCUCAGCUUUAAUUUUCUCCGAGUUUUCCGAACUCUGGCUCCUGACCGGGCCUCCUGGGUUCGAGGACCUGGAGGACUGUGCCCUGAUCUCUAACUACCCUCGACUUCCAGCUGCUCUAACCUGACGCCCAAGCUGCCAUUGCCCGGGCCACCUGGUCUGAUCGGCUCACUUCAUUCACCGGAGUUGCCAGUUGCUGCACUGUCCCCAGCCCCAAUGGGGGAGUGAGAGGCCUCUGCCGGCCGGACAUGGGUCUCCCCACCGUGCCUGGCCUGCUGCUGUCACUGGUGCUCCUGGCUCUGGUGGGGAUAUACCCCUCAGGGGUCACUGGACUGGUCCCUUCCCUUGUGAAGAGGGAGAAGAGGGAUAGUUUGUGUCCCCAGGGAAAGUACCCCCAUUCGCAGAAUAACUCCAUCUGUUGUACCAAGUGCCACAAAGGGACCUACUUGGUGAAUGACUGUCCAGGCCCAGGGCAGGAAACAGUCUGCAAGGAGUGUGAAAAGGGCACCUUUACAGCCUUCCAGAAUCACCUCAAACAGUGCUUCAGCUGCAAGACAUGUCGGAAAGAAUGGUCCCAGGUGGAGCUUUCUGCUUGCAGAGCAGACAAGGACACUGAAUGUGGCUGUAGGAAGAACCAGUUCCAGAGCUACCUAAGUAAAUCCACACACUUCCAGUGCAAGAACUGCAGCCUCUGCUUCAAUGGCACGGUGAAAAUCCCCUGUAAGGAGAAACAGGACACUGUGUGUCUCUGCCACAUAGGAUUCUACCUGGAUGAAAAAAAUGAGUGUGCCCCUUGCAGUCGCUGCAAGAGAAACAUGGAGUGUCUGAAAAUGUGCCAACCUGAACCUGUUGCAAACCCUCGGGAACCAGGUACCGCAGUGCUAUUGCCCCUGGUCAUCCUCCUGGGCCUUUGUCUUUUAUUCUUUAUCUUCAUCAGUUUAAUGUGCAGAUAUCCCGGGUGGAAGCCCCAUGUCUACUCCCACAUUUGUGGAAAUUCAGCACCUGUCAAAGAGGCGGAGGUUGAAAGAAAUAAGCCCCUAACUCCAGCCCCUGCCCCCGCCGUCAACUCCGCUCCGCACUUCAGCUCUGCCCCAGGCUUCAGUCCUGUCCCCAGUACCAACACCUCCAGCCCCAUCUUCUACCCCAGUAACUGGCCCAACUUCAAGGUCAUGCCGCCUGUAAGGGAGGUGGUCCCAACCCAGCGUGCUGACCCUCUCCUCUACGAAUCCGUCCCCACUCCUGUUCAGAAAUGGGAAGACUAUCCCCACCCGCAGCGACCCGACCUUGCAGACCCAGCGACGUUGUAUACGGUGGUGGACAGCGUGUCUCCGUUUCGCUGGAAGGAGUUCAUGCGGCUCCUGGGGUUGGGCGAGCACGAGAUCCAGCGGCUGGAAAUCCAGAACGGGCACUGCCUGCGCGAGGCUCAGUACAGCAUGCUGGAAGCCUGGCGGCAGCGCACGCCACACCACAAGGCCACGCUGGACGUCCUGUACAGUGUGCUUUGCGACAUGGACCUGAAAGGCUGCGUGGAGAACAUCCGCGAGGCGCUGGGAAGCCCCGCCUCCUACUCGUCCGCACCCCGCCUCCCACGAUGAGGCCACAGUCCCGCCUCAAGGGAGGAACUUAAAGGGCAGUCCUGGCGAGAAGCUCUGCCGCCCUGUGGGCCUCCUCUUUGGAUGAAAAGGAGGGAGGGGUCUUGAAGGGGCAGGCUCGAGCUGGCAACCGCUUCCUUGGUGCUACCUACUUGGUGUACAUAGCUUUUCUCAGCUAACGAAGAUUGUCCCAGAGCCAACCACUUGUGCGGGGCAGCAGUAUGUGCCAUCUGUCUGCUCCCAGAAGGCGGAGCAUGCCAAAAAUCAGAACAGGUGAUUGUAGAGGAAAGGGACACCGUAUCUCAUGCCCACUUGAGAUGCACAGGGCCCAAGCAAGGCUUCUCAGGGCCUCCCCCAUUUGGUUCCUGCGCCUUUUUCACAGUAGGUAAGCAAUAUUUGUAUUAAUUAUAACACACUAAUGGAAACUCGACUUCCCUCUGCUGCCUGCCUGGACCAACAAGGCUCAACUGUCUAAGGUAGGGGGCAAGCACAGAACAACGGGGUCUCCAGCUGGAGCUGUGGUCUCUUGUAAAUACACUAAAAGUCAAAAAAAAAAAAAAAAAACCGAUCUCUGACCCUGUAAAGAGUGGUUUGUAUAUUGGAGAGGCUGGGCAGAGCCCAGCACCUAGGAGUAGCAUGGAAAAUCCAGCCUUCCUGCCAGCUAACUGAGACUGCACAUCACAGUCCCGUGGGUGCCCGUGCUUCCCUCCUCCCACCCUCUUCCAGUGUUGACCAAGCUUCCCUCCUCCCACCCUCCUCCAGUGUUGACCAAACAGCUAUGUUUCUGGCCAGUUUUAUGUGGGGCCUCAGAGAUGUAUCUUUGAGACAUGAAAGCACAGUUCUUGACCUCCAGAGUCCACAGAGCAGGAGGUGGGUGCCUGGGUCAGGCUUGGCUUGAAGUGGAUCCUUGAGGUAGAGUCCAGGGGGAGGGGAGGGUGGUGACCAGCACUCUUGGGGAGACAAUUCUUCUAGGAGAUGUGUUAAAGGACCUCAGAAUUCCUCACACUUCUCUGUAAAGGAAGGAGACCGAUACAUUAGGCCAAGGUCAAGCAACGAGAGUAGUGGGGGGGGCAGUUAAAGCUGAGUGCCCUCCCCUCCCCGCUUGGUCCCUGCUCCGCUCUGCCUUCCUUAGAACUAGCCCCCCCCCACUUCAUACUGUCCUUUUGUCCCAUAGUCGUUUCCCUCCACACUUACGAUGUGGACAGGGGGGUGUCCAGCUGUAUGAUGUGGGUCCCCCUCAUUCUCUGCAGCUGGGCUCGAGUCAACUUCCGGGGCUUGCCAUCCCCGGGUUCCGAGGCUCCCUCGAUCCUUUGGCUGGCCAGCUCCUCCCUUAUCUCCCUAAGCACGUCCUCAGCCUGCAGGGGGCGGGGGCGGAGUCCAGGGGAUAGAAAUCCCUCUUCUUCAUCUGAGGACUCCCAGGGGCUUUCCCCAGCAGAGUCAGUAGGGGUUGGAGAUUGGGGGAGCGGGCUCCGCCGUUGCGCCCUGUUUAGAGUUUCUGCCACCACAUUCCGUGUGGUCAAAGUCUCAUCUUCCUCCUCGGACCAGGUUGGAGGUGCUCUCCUGGGCAGACUGCCUCCUCUUAGGAUCCCAUCUGGCAAGUCUGGGGCACUUCGUCGCUGGGGAGCUUGAGGGUCAGGAGGCUGGGGGCGCAGAGGAACGUCUCGGAGUUCCAGGGUGGAGAAGGUGAGACGAGGGUCCCUACGAAAGGCCUUGGCCCGAAGCCUAUUCAGCGGGGUGCGAGGGGUCUUGGGGGAACUUGGAAUCAAGGUGCCAUAGCCAGAGUCCGAGGUGUCAUCAGGCAUGGAGGGAGCAUCUUCAUCGGUAUCUUCAGUCACCACUAGGCGGGGGAUGAUGUUCAACUCCAAAGUCCUAAGGUUAAUAGCAGAAAGUCAGACAGAGAUAGUGAAGAUCAAAUACAAGCCCAGGAAGUGGCCCCCAUUACUCCGCUCAGGAAUGUCUUCUCCUCCAAACUUAUUGUCCUGUCUCUUCACAUGACACAGUGUUUUUGCCCCCUCACUGGCUAGAAUUGUGCUCUAUAAAAGACCUUGGGUACUCACUUCUUUUAUGCAACACAUAUGCUAAAAUUGGAAUGACACGAGAAGAUUACGGUCCCUGUGCAAGGUUCAUGCAAUUUAUAAAGCGUUCCAUUGUU